AUGAAUAAAUUAGUUAAUAACGACGUGUUAAGUCCAAUACCAAGAGCUUGUGUCUUCAUCAACUCUAGCGAUCCUUUAUAUCCUAACCAAGUCAUUAACUGUGGUAAUAAUCCGUGUUUUAAGCCCCCCUUUCCACCAAUUAUCAAUCCAAGAGAUUUGGUUGCAAAACAACCGACUGGUGGUCGAACGUUGGCACGAGCUCCAAAUGCUUUCAUCAUUUAUAGGAAAUUGUGCGUUGAGACUGCUCGCUCGUAUGGUUAUUAUUUGCCAAUGACCGUUAUAUCAUCCAUGGCUUCACAAUCAUGGGAGGAAGAAUCUUUAGCUGUAAAAGCGGAAUAUAAACGUAUAGCACAAGAAGCAACCAAACAUUAUAAAGAAAUGUACCCCAAAAUUGAACGACGUAAAAAACGAGAGAAAUGGAAUCUAGUUUCGUUUCAACCAAAACAACAAAUAUCACAAACACAACAAGAUUCUUCAAAGUCCACAAACAAAAAAAUUGCCAAGGCUCCAUUACUCAAAUUCAAGACAUCCAACCCAUCUAAAUCUUCUUCAUCCGAUCAACCGCAAAAAGCCACGAAUUCUGCUAACAAUAAAUCGGUUUCUGUUGAAAUGUCGUCAGAUGAAAAAUACGUUAGUUCUAAAGCUGAUCAAUCAAAUAAUAACGAAAUAAGUCCGGAUAAAAAAAUGAUAUAUCCAAGCCCGGAUCUCUCUCUUGAUGAUUACCUGAAUUCGAAAGGGAUUGAGCAAUUCGGUCCCAUAGAAAGAAUUACUUCAGAACAAACAAUAAAUGCAAAUUCUCGAUUUAGUUUGGAAUAUCCAAGUCCAGAUUUAUCUUCCGGUGGCUAUUUCGAUAUUGGAAGUUUAGAUGUUACCGAUAUUUACGACGAAGAAAUUUCUAAAUGGAAUAAUAUGUCCCAAAAUGAAAUUAUAUCUGAGAAUACUUUUACUUCAAUUUAUCAAGAAGAAAUAAAUAAGAAUGCAAUUGGCGUAACUGAAGGAACAGAUAGGAUAGAAAGUUCCGGUUAUAAUGCUUCAAAAGUUUUUAAUUUGUCUGAUAAUCUAAGCAUUUCGUUUUCUGCAAUAAUGGGACCAGAUUCUUAUUUUUGA